AACACAAUAGUGGUCUUCUCCAAGACGUGGUGCCCCUACUGCAAGGCCGCCAAGGCCGCCCUCAACGAGAGCAAGGCCAACUACGAAGUCGUCGAGCUGGACAACCGAAACGACGGCGACGACCUCCAGGACGCCCUCCUCGAAAUCUCCGGCCAGCGCUCCGUCCCCAACAUCUUCUUCGCCAAGCAGCACGUCGGCGGAAACUCGGACCUGCAGGAGCUCGUCAAGAACGGCACCCUCAAGAGCCGUCUCGAGGAGGCCGGCGCAUUUGCGUAA